CCGCGUACGUCAGUUUAACGAUCAUGCGUGUGAAUUCAGCAGAAGGUAUAUCAUUCCGAACAAAUAUUAGUGGCGUGUUCACAAUUUACAACUGUCGUUCAUUCCAAAUUCCAAAUGGGUACUGCGAACGACGAAGAAACCGACGCCGACCGUAAACGCCUUAUCUACGCGUUGUUCUUAUCCGAUCUAGUUUACCGUUUUGGAGAAUUGAGAAAGGUUAUCGAGGAGUGGGGACUCGACGCCGCUGACCUUAGAGAGCAAUAUCUUCAACAUGUAGACGAUGCAGGAAAAAAAAAACGUUUUUUCAUGUGGGGAAAAGAUGGUAAAGAAUCCGAGCAUUCAAUAGAGGAAGUGAUGUCGGGCCAGGUCGGAAUGGACAAAAGCGUUCGUGUAACGCCGAAAAUCCCAAUAAAAACGAUAUUUGAUGUUAAGGAUAUGAUGAAGAAGGAUUUGAAGUCAACGACACUUGAUUGGAGCGACGAACUCACUGGCCAAAUCUCGGAUGAAUCAUACGAAAAGAUCUGGUUUCAGAAGUUUGACGCCAAAGAUCAUAAUAGACAACUUGUGCAUGCUAUCCUCGAAAGAGAGCUCAGCGACCAAAACCAAAAGAACGAGAUAUAUAUUGUGUUUCGUGGCUCUGUUACAGCAAGCGAUUGGAUCCAGAAUAUCCAAGCUCCUUUUGUAGAGAUCAAAAUCCGUUGUGACAAACACGUGCGGAAAAAGGCAUACCUUGUCGAACAAAGUUCUUUUUUCAAAAUUGAAAUCAACUCUGAUUUGGCAAGAAAGCUGAAGAAGGCCCUCAAUCAAGAUGAUCAAAUGGAUGACAAGCAAAGUAAGGCGAAGGGUUACCUCAAUAAGGAAAUACCCAUUUUGGUUCAUCAAGGAUUUCUGAACUAUUUGUUUCGGAAACCAAACGACAAAGCGGAUGACUGUUGUAAGUACGAGAGCAUUAAGAAUGAUGCCAAGAUACUUUUGGAAGAUAAAGAAUUUAACCCCAGAAAAACAGAAAAGAUGGUUGUUGCGGGACAUUCAUUGGGAGGAGCUCUAGCGACAUUGGCCUCAUUCUUUCUAGCAUGCGACAAAGAUAUCGAGGAUGCAAAUGCAAACGAGAAAGCAGUGAUUCAAUGCAUAACGUUUGCAGCCCCAAUGGUUGGGAAUAUUGGAUUCCAACGGGCUUUCAAUGUUCUUCUAUCGAACGAAAUCGAGGAACAGUCGGAUACAAUCAAGGACGAAAAAUCGAAUCUAGUAGAAAAGAAUGAUGGGCUCGGUAAUUCGUUUGAGCAUUUUCGUAUUACGAACCAUCGUGAUCUUUUUCCAUUGGCACCUCCUUUGACACGCUACCGUCAUGCCCCGGGUGAACAUGCUCAUUUCUUCAAGCCAAGUCCAUGGCUGUCGUCUUGCAAUAUAAAGUUCUCCAACGAAAAACCUCAUAAAUGGCUUUUUGAAGGAUGCUUCGGAAGCAAGAAGGUUAAAGAUGGUUACACGCCUAUUGUUCUCAUUCCGAACUCUUUGUUAUCGGGAUUGUUUGCAACGACACUUCCCUUCUUAUGCUGCUUAUUGACGACACUGCCGAUCCUGUUGAUCGUGCCAUAUCUUGGGCUGAAAAUUUUGAUUCGCUGUUUCUUUUGGACAUUGAUUCCUUUUCUUGACGCCCAUGCUUUUGAAAAGCUGCCGAUUCCAGAAUGCUUGGUGUCCGCUGGUGAAUUUUUCAAGAUUUCUUUGCUGUUUCUCGGUUGGUUGGCGAUACUUUUCUUCGCAGGAAAACCAAACACUGAUUGGAAAAACGCCACGUUGGUAUUUAUAUCCACUCCUAUUCUUGCAGCAUGCAGUCUUCGCCAUUUCGGCCGGGAAUGGUUCGACGCUAUUGCCGAGCAUGGGGAUGCAUGGUUCUUGGCAGGAAUAUUCUUUUUCCAAUUCUUGAUGCUGCUGGGUAACAAAUCCUACGAGGUUUGCACAGCGAAGACACAUGCGCUAACUGAUUAUUUGGAGAGCUUCCUUCAGGUUAAGUAGGAGCAUCAGAAAGGAUGUGAGUUCCGCCCGAUUCCAGAAGGAGAAUGAACGAAAAAAUCACACCUUUUUAUAUUCAGCUAGAGGGUUGAAUCGAGUACGAUCUUUUCUGUAUGGUUAGUUUCAGUGAUUGAUAGUUAUUCAUAUGGUUAUCAGUUCAACAUGCGUAUAAAUCAUCGAUACUUUAUUCUACUCUUUGUGGUCCCAUGAAUCUAACUUGCCGUAGUAGUUGAUCGCUCAAUUGCAAGUUGGACCCAUGGACCGAAGGCAUGCUUUUUCAUCUUCAUCGCAUGUACCUCAGAGAAAAAGAAACAUUUGCUUCUAUUUUUCUGAGGUACAUCAUCAUAGAAACAGUUUAAAUUAUCGAGCAAAAUGAUGGAGAAUAUAACUACAAAGUAACG